AUGUGCCAGAAAUGUCAAGUAGGAAAAAACAAUUCGAGAAAAGAAGAGACAAGAGGUUUACGUUUGGAUAAGCGAUUCGAUUGGGUUGGACCACCGGAUGACAUCUCGAAAAUAAGGCCUGUAAGAUUACGGCGAUUAAGCAAUGAGACAGAGCAGGAAAGAAAAUACCGUGAAGCACGCGAAGCACUGAUUCAGUGGAGUUCACAAUUUUGGGCGCACCAUAAUACUUUGUUUGAAAAAAAAAAGCAGAAUUUAUUGAACAGGAAGAAAAAUCUUGGGAGGCUAGAGCAUUCAAGUGCUCUUGAUAUGUCGGAAUUCUAUAAGGAGUUUCUCGACGAACACUAUGACAGUCUUACGAAUUACAACAGAGAGUGGUAUUAUAAAAACCUUAAGCUUUUUUGGCCAGCAUUCAAAGUACAGCUUAUCAGGUUUCGACGAACGUUGAGUCAGUUUUUGCGUAGAUGA